GUCAAUAAUAACUCAUGUGAAUUCAUCAAAUUGGACAAGAAGAGCAGUGGCAAAAUGAACUCUUCCUUCUGGGCUCAGAGAGAAGGCAACAAACCUGAUUUACUCUGCGGAAGGUCAGCUGACUAUACUUUUAGAAAGGAGCAUUUCAUAACGCUUCUAUGUUCCACUGUUGCUUUGGGAGGACUUCUGAGGGCGUGUUUGAAGAAUUCUGAAGUCAUUGUCCUGACAAUUCUUUCCCUCUCAGGAUUUGUGAUAGGAUAUCUGGCCUACAAUUUUGUCGAGGUGCACCAAAUUGUCUACCCUCUUCUAAGAACACCAAGUUUUUCACUUUAUUGUUAUUUUUCACCUUUAAUUAUAUUUAUGGCUGCUUUGGAUGUGGACUUUUAUAUACUCAAGAAUAUGCUUUGGCAGGUCUUCCUAACUGGAUUAAUUAGCUUUUCUACUGCACUCAUCAUAAUUGGAUAUGUGGUUCUGAAAUUCAACAAGGAUUCAUGGGAUUUGCAGUCUUGCCUACUCUUUAGCAUGACCCUUGGCAUUACAGAUCCUAUUAAUUCUGUGAAUUCACUGAAAACUCUUGGCAUUUCCAACAUACAUGCUGAUAUCAUUAGAGGAGAAUCAAUGAUCAUCUGUGGCCUCACAUCCAUUGUUUUUGGAAUUUUUCGGACCAACUUAUUUCACAUUUCCACGUUUGGGGAGUUACACAUAGUUGUGAGCCUUUCCUUGGACAUUUUGGGAAGCAUAAUAUGUGGAUAUUGGUGUGCAAGAAUCAUUGAGUUUAUAUUGACUGACUAUUUUAGCAAUACACGGACUAAUGUCAUUCUUUGCAUUUCGAUGGUGUACAUGACUUUCUACAUUGUGGAAUUUUUGGGAAUGUCAGGUAUGGUUGCUUUAAUCGCAGUAGGACUGAAUUUGGAUUCCUUAAGCUUUAAACCGAGGAUGGAGUUCAUAAUUACUAAGUUCCUCAUAAUGUUUUCAUCUGUAUAUCAACAUUUAAUAUAUACUUUCUUUGGCAUUGUAAUUGGGUGUGGAGAAAUGAAGUAUUUUGGAUUUCACACUGUAGUUUUCAUGCUCAUCUUAUUUACAACAGUGAAUCUUGUAAGGUUGCUAACUGUUGUGUUAGUGAGCCCUAUUCUGAUGCAUUUGAGUUAUGACUAUAAUUGGAGAUGGGGAGUUGUGAUAGCAUGGUCUGGAAUUAAAGGAAUUUUUAGCUUACUCUUGGCUCCUGAUAUUCAUAAUCUGGCUGAACAAAAAAUAGAGUCACCACAAAUGUUUAUAUUGUAUAUACAAGUAAUAUCGUUAAUGACUAUGGGAAUAAAUUCAUACAUGAUGACUUAUUCAGCCAGGACAUUAGGUUUGUGUGCUAUUUCCCUUCCAAGACAAAUGGCCAUGCAAAAUGCCAUUAACCACAUACAGGAGAUAAUACAGAACACAAUCACUUUAUUUAAAACAGAAAAAAUUUUGACAAAUGUUAAUUGGACGUUAGUAGAAGAAAAAACGAAGAUUGAAUACAACAUUUCUUUUUCCCACGUUUCACAUGAUAAAAAAGAGAAGGAAGAGUCCCCAACGGAUGAAGUUUUAAUAGAAGAAGCCAGACUGCAUGUAGCUAUAAUACAAAUGAGGAGCUUUGAAAAACAGUGUAACGAUGGAAUCCUCAGUGUAGAGGCAGCCCGGAUAUUAAUUGGUGCAGCCAAAAGCUAUUGUCCCAUCCAAGGAAAAUUCAUGAGUAUUUAUGAUGUUUCAACUUAUGUAAGAGCUAGAAGUUGGCUUGUGAAGUUUAAAAACAUGUUAACUUUCUUAGAAUAUCAUAAAGAUGAGGCAUCUCUUGUUCCAUUUGGGAAUAAUAAAUUUCUGAUUUUUGUACAUCACAUUGUAUUUUCAGAAGAAUUUGAAUAUACAGGACAUAUUAUAAGAUUUAUGUACAUUUUUCCUAUGAUAAUGCAUCUAUGGCCAAUGGCAAGAGAGUUAAAUGUAUCAGGACUGAUAUUAGUAAACUAUUAUUUUGUAAUUUUAUAUAUAUUAGAAUCAGCAUUGAAGAUAAUAAUUUUGAAAAGGAAAUAUUUUCGUCAACAUUGGAACAUUUUGGAAUUUUUUAUCAUGCUUAUUGGAAUUGUUGAUAUCUUUUGUAUAUACUUUGUCAGAUUGAGACCGGACAACUUGAUUCUUGUUCAGAUUAUAGUAAUAAUAGGAUAUUUCAGAAUAAUUAGGUUUAUUCCUCUCAUCAAGAUGAUAAUACCACUACUGAUACAUAUUGUAGAUGUACAGAUCAAAAAGCGCCUCAGCUUGAUGUAUAGUAUUACAAAAGGCUAUGCCAAAAGUCAAGAGGAUACCAAAUUUUUAAUAGAACAAAUUUCUAGCCGAGAAUCAAUAAAUCAGAAAUUAUAUGAAAUUUUGGAAACCAAUAAAAGAGAUGCUGUCAAAGAACUAGGACUCAUAGAGCAUGAACACCGUGAUGUCGUCAUUGCUUUGAAGACUAGGCAGGCAAUCCGGAACGUGAUUGCUAAAGCUCUGAAAAACCUCACCUUCCUUUGGUCAAGAGGCAUUAUUGAUAAACAUGAGAGCGUCGUAAUGAAUAAGGUACUUCUUACAAAAAUAAAAGCACUGAAUAACUUUCCAAUGGCAAUCCCGCCUCCUACUCCUGAAAAAUAUCUUCAUAAUAUCCUUUGGCUGGAAAAUAAAGAUAUUCUCAUUCAGUUCUUCAAGGAAAGAGCAAAACUUGCCUAUUUUGAUUAUGGAGAUGUCAUUUGUAAAGAAGGUGAAAUGCCACAAGGAAUCUACUUAAUUAUUUCAGGACUGGCAGUUUUGCAUAGUUCACCUCCUACCUUUGGAAUAGACAGUAGCCUACAGCCUGAUAGAGAGUCCAAAACCAUGUUUACAGAGUACUGUACUAGUGGCGACAUAAUUGGAGAGCUGAGCUGUCUGCUUAAGCGUGAAAUUGAGUAUACUGCCAUCUGUGAAACUAUUUUACAGGCCUGCUUUAUCUCCCUGGAGGAUUUAUAUGAAGGCUUUGAUGUCUUCUGGCCAUCCCUGGAAUAUAAAAUAUGGCUAAAGCUUGCUCUCAGUACUGCCUAUCAGUAUUUUGAAUCAAGUCUCAUUGAUGAGGACUUAACGUUUCAGAAGUGUGUGGCGCUCAAUCUUGCGUGUGUGAAGACUUUAUCAAGCUACAAUGAAAUGACUAUUGAUAAUGCGACCAUGAAAUUCGUUAUUGUUGUGUACGGCAGUGUAAUUGAUACUAAGACAGAGGUACCAUAUCUUGCACCUUGCGUUUUACCUAAAACCUGUGAGCAGGUUCAGGGAACUUCAGAUUUAUGCAAGCUGCUGGUGAUCCAAGCAUCUGAGCCUGUCAAAAAUAAGAACUCCAAGGGCGUGGGUAAGGGAUAGUGCAUUAGUGGCAGGAAAACCAUU